GGGAACGGGGAUCUCUAUUUUUGUAGCACAUUCUGGAUUUCCCCAUUUCGUUAAAAAACCGCAACGCAAGAAGAAUAUUGUCCAAAAUCGAGGUUCCCAAUUCCCCAAAUCGAAGCACCAAACCAAGAAUAUUCACUCCGGAUAAGGAGAAGGAAACCCAUUAGCCUGCGUGACCCGAUAAGCUCGAUUCAUCACCCAAUUUUUGUGUUUUUUUUUUCUAUCGUCGAAUUUGACGGAGGAAGGAAGAUUCUCUAGAGUUCGAUUCCGGAUAAGGAGAGGAAGGGGAGGGGAAAGAUGGAGAGUAGCAGCGUCGGCAUGGCUGAUUCGGCGGUGACGGCGGUUCUGUUGACCGACGCAACCUCUUGGUGGCAAGGAAUCAACGAUUCUCCCGUUUGGCAGGACCGCAUCUUCAUCAUCCUUGCUGCUCUCUAUGGCAUCGUCGCCGUCGUCGCUCUUGUUCAACUAGUCCGUAUACAAUUGAGGGUGCCGGAGUAUGGUUGGACCACGCAGAAGGUCUUCCAUUUUCUCAAUUUCUUGGUGAACGGAGUGCGGGCAGUCAUUUUUGUAUUCCGUCGUGAUGUGCAGACGUUGGAACCGCCGAUUCUCCAACAUAUCUUGCUUGACAUGCCAAGCCUUGCCUUCUUCACAACUUAUGCUCUAUUGGUUUUGUUUUGGGCAGAGAUUUACUACCAGGCACGUGCUGUAUCAACUGAUGGGUUGAGGCCGACUUUCCUUACAAUAAAUGCAGUGGUCUAUGUUAUUCAGAUUGUUUUGUGGCUGAUAUUGUGGUGGAAUCCUGUUCAUGUUCUGGCCGUCCUUUCUAAGAUGUUCUUUGCUGCUGUCUCUUUGUUCGCUGCCCUUGGGUUUCUUAUUUAUGGGGGAAGAUUGUUCUUGAUGUUACAACGCUUCCCUGUGGAAUCCAAAGGAAGACGUAAGAAGUUGCAAGAGGUCGGCUAUGUGACAACUAUAUGUUUUUCAUGUUUCCUCGUCAGAUGCAUCAUGAUGUGCUUCAAUGCUUUUGAUCAAGCUGCAGACCUCGAUCUUUUGAAUCACCCGAUUCUAAAUUUUAUAUAUUACCUGUUGGUUGAGGUUUUACCUUCUUCUUUGGUCCUCUUCAUUCUGAGGAAGCUACCCCCGAAACGAGGAAUCACACAAUACCACCCUAUCCGCUGAAAGGGGCCGAGGAACAGCGAGAAGUCUGGCCGAGGUUCGAUGUGUAAUAACAUGGCAGAACAGAGCUGAAAGUUGGGAAUGAGGUGCAUAAAGGGUACCUGAUCUCUGUAGAAACAUGCCAGAGGCAUUUUGAGUUCUGUUGAUUUGUUAUUCAAAGGUUAGGGAAUUUGUUUAAAUAGAGAAUUGAACUGCUACAGACUGAAAUUAUAGUGCGGAUGCUAUUGGUGUGCCUUGUGAUUUAUCUAACCUUACUCGCUGGAUUUCUUGCUAUUGCCUUUUUGGUUCACUAGCAAGAGAAACAGAGACAUUUCUAAAUGUUUCCCUGUGUAUUUGUACCCACUAACUGCCUCUGCUUAUGUAUUUUGUUUAAUUUAUUUAUUUUUUACAAAAGCCAUUCGGGGCGGACCUAAGAUUCCGGUCUUUGUUAA